AUAUGGAAGAAAGGGAAAACACCAUAACCUCAUUUUUGAAAGCGAAAAAUAUAAGUAACAUAACCAAAAGCGGAACGAUAGAACAAUAAAAGAUUUAUAUUAGUUCAAAAACACAUUAUACGGUAUGACACAUUAUUAUGGCCAAACAAUGCAAGCCAUGAAGAUGAUGAAUACUAAUGCCCUGUCAAUGGGCACUGCAAGGCUCUGUGAGACCUUUAUCCCAAAUUCCGUUUAUACGCAGUGUGUGCGAUGGAAGAGAAAACCAAUUUGGCUACCUACAGCGAAAACCAAAAUGUUUCGUGUACCACAAAAAUCUGUUAUACCUGAGGAGGAUUAUGUAGAACUGAAGCGUUUACAUAAUAAUUAUCGAACAUAUAUGACAUCAUUGAAGAUACAUUUAAGAAAACUUGCAAUGGAGAAUGAGAUAAAAUCUCCCAAAAUGAAUAUCAAGCAAGUUGAAGAGGAGGACUUUAAAGCAUGCAGUGCUAUAAAUGAUGAAUGGAAUGCAGAAGUAGCAAAGAUACGGGACAUCAGAUUAGAAAAAAUGAGAGAGAAUCGUAAAAACGCUAUUCUGCAAACAUUGCUAAGGCGAGAGCAAAAAUAUGAAAUGCUUACGAAAAGGUUAGAAAAAAGGGUCAUAGAAGCUAAAGAAGAAUCUGCCACGUUUAUUACUGCGGAGAAUGUGGAUGCUGCAAUCGAGGAGUGUCUGACGAAGAUUGUCAAUCAUAAUUGUGCAAUAGAUUUGGAAGGAAAUUGGCACAAAGGGAAAUAUCCUCCAGUUCCAAUUACCGAAGAAACGCAGAAAUCCACUAUUGUUGAGCAACGAACUUAAAUUCAAAAAUUUGUAUUUGAAGUACUCGGAAAUAUAAAGCUAUAAUUCACUGGAUUUAUAUUUUUUUCCAAAUUUUUGCUGAAAUAAUCAUGAUAACUGUUGAACUGUUGUAAUAUAGAAUGUAAUAAAUAUAAAGAAGUACUUUACAA